AUGGCUGACGCUGCUCCUCGUGGACGUGGCGGUUUCGGUGACCGAGGCCGCGGAGACAGAGGUCGGGGAGACCGCGGACGUGGACGUGGCCGUGGCCGUCGUGGAGGUGCAAAAUCUGAGGAAAAGGAAUGGCAACCAGUCACCAAGUUGGGUCGUCUGGUCAAGGCCGGGAAGAUCCAGAGCAUGGAACAGAUCUACCUGCACUCGCUGCCCAUCAAGGAGUACCAGAUUGUCGAUUGGUUCCUGCCCAAGCUCAAGGAUGAAGUGAUGAAGAUCAAACCCGUCCAGAAGCAAACCCGUGCCGGUCAGCGAACCCGGUUCAAGGCCAUCGUGGUCAUUGGUGACAGCGAGGGUCACGUCGGUCUCGGUAUCAAGACCUCCAAAGAAGUCGCAACUGCCAUCCGUGCCGCCAUCAUCAUCGCCAAACUCUCCGUUCUGCCCGUUCGACGAGGCUACUGGGGUACCAACCUCGGUGAGCCUCACUCUCUGCCCACCAAGGAGUCUGGCAAGUGCGGUUCCGUCACCGUUCGAUUGAUCCCCGCUCCUCGCGGUACUGGCCUUGUCGCCUCGCCCGCCGUCAAGAGAUUGUUGCAGCUUGCCGGUGUCCAGGAUGCAUACACUUCCUCUGCGGGAAGCACAAAGACGCUCGAGAACACUCUGAAGGCUACAUUCGUUGCUGUCAGCAACUCGUAUGGCUUCCUGACCCCCAACUUGUGGAAGGAGAACAAGCUCAUCCGAAGCCCCUUGGAGGAGUACGGUGAUGUGCUGAGAGAAGGCAAGAGAUACUAG